GGCGCGAGCUAUCGAAGGGUUUCGUCGUUCCUUUCCACGCCGGGCGCGACGACACGGGAUCGUCGAGCGACGGCCGGAGGUGAAAGAGGCCUGGAGAUCUGCGCACUGACGGCUACGAUCGAAUAGGUACUGCUUUUCUGAUCAAGUUUGCAAGAUACCAGAACUGCUUAAAGCUGAAGACUGACUUCUUUUUAAAACCCUUUGAAGUUUACACUAGAAUAAGGGUCCAAUGUCUUCUCUUGUUCAAUCACCAACAUUGGAGAUACUAGCACGAGAACCAGAAGUGUUCUCCAUCUGGAAAGGACCUCCAUUCAGCAAUGGCCAGCCGCUUGUCAAACUUGAGAAAGUUCCUUGUACCGUUGCAAGAUUCAGUGAAAAUGGAUCUAGGCUUAUGGUGACCAAAAGCAAUACUGUCAUCAGUGUUCAAGAUUGUUGCAGCUCCACUGAGAUCAGAUCCUUUGACAUACCCUCCCUUCUUGCUGCCACUUUGUCUCCAUGUGGGACCUAUCUCCAAACAUUCCAUAAAGCCACUACACCACAGGAUAAAAAUGUUGUGCUGUGGGAAGUACAGACUGGUGCAGCUGUUUAUCAGCAUUUCCAGAAAAAUAUGUCUAAGACCACAUGGCCAUCGAUUAUAUUCACCUCCGAUGAAUCUGUUGCCUGUCGAAUGGCAACAAAUGAGAUACAGUUUUUUGACUCGAAGGAUUUCUCUAAAGGAAUUAUUCAUAGAUUAAGACUACCUGGUAUUGCUGCAAUUGAGCUGUCAAAGGCUCCUGGGCAUUACAUUGCAGCAUUUGUACCGGAAUCAAAGGGUAUUCCUGCCAGUGUUCAGAUCUUUUCUUGUAGUAAGGAUGCGCAAACUCAGCCAAUUGCGAGGCGGAGUUUCUUUCGUUGUUCCACAGUGGCAUUGCAUUGGAACAAGAUUUCAUCUGGAGUUCUAGUAGUUGCUCAAUCUGAUGUUGAUAAAAGCAACCAGAGUUACUAUGGUGAAUCAAAAUUGAACUAUUUAACAACUGAUGGAAGUCACGAGGGACUUGUUCCUCUUCGAAAAGAGGGACCCGUGCAUGAUGUUCAGUGGUCUUAUUCAGGCUUAGAGUUUGCUGUUGUUUAUGGAUUCAUGCCUGCAAGAGCAACAAUAUUUGACAGGAAAUGCAAUCCACUACUCGAGCUUGGUCAAGGUUCUUACAACACAAUUAGAUUCAACCCAAAAGGAAGACUUAUAUGUUUGGCUGGCUUUGGCAAUUUGCCUGGUGACAUGGCAUUUUGGGACUAUACAGAAAAGAAGUUGCUUGGAACAACAAAAGCAGAAUGGUCAGUGACCAGUGAAUGGUCUCCUGAUGGACAGUAUUUCAUGACUGUCACAACAGCACCAAGACUACAGAUAGACAAUGGGAUAAAAAUCUUCCGAUAUGAUGGGUCCCUUUAUUUUAAAAAGAUGUUCAGUAAGUUGUAUCAGGCCGACUGGAAGCCAGAGGCACCUGAACGGUUUGAUGAUAUAAAUGAGCUUGUCAAGUCUGUCGAAACUUUGAAGAUUGAUAAUAAUGAAAAGAAAGUUCAAGUUCCAAAAUCAUCAUCAGAGACAAGAAGCAACAUUCAAGCUAGCAGUGUGCAAAAACCAGCUGCAUACCGCCCACCCCAUGCUAAAAAUGCUGCUUCAGUGAAGGCAGAGCUUUUCGGAGGAACGGCCCCUUCGGAGGAGAUGAGCAAAAAUGCAUUGCGAAACAAAAAGCGCCGUGAGAAACAGAAAGAGAAAAAGGCCGCAGAAGCAUCAGCUGCUGCCAGUGGCAGCAGCUGAUCUUGGUUUUGCUAUUUCUGUUGCUGCGCCCCAACCUGCAGACAUUUGCCUCCAAGCAGGUUAUUACGGAAUGGCAAUAAUCAUCCAAUUGGCGAGUGUGGUUGUGACCACUAAAUUUUCUGUUAGUUAUUAUUAAAAAAUGGAUUUCUUAAAUAAUUUCAUUUCGGAAGAGGAAUAGUGUCACAUUAUGAAGUUUUCAUCAUUCUUGACCCUCGGUAACUGGAGCUCUUUUUAGUUCAUACGCCGACAAUUUAUUUGUGAACCAUUAGUAUCACCAGGAAACAU